AUGGGUUCCCUUUCACGGCGUAUGCCCCACUUUUACCAUGUCCAACCAAACCCCGAGGCCUACGCUAAGGUCUACAACGAGGCACUGGCCGACGUGUAUGGGGACGUGCGUCGCCUCUACUCUGAUCCCCACCUUGUGCACACUAGGGCAACGGACGCCAUAUUGCGUGACAUUGGCGAUGAAGUGGCCCACCUACGACUAGACGAGCAACUUCUCCAAAAAUCUGACAAAUCCUGGCAUGGCAAAUUUCCCGAACGUGAUCUGGUCACCCAACGGCAGGCCCUUCUCAAGGCCAGUAAACAUCUGCAGGACCCCGGCGGACAACUGGUAGCCCGAUACCAAGUGAACAUGGAUAAGGGCCGCCUCGACUGCAGCAACAAUCCAUGUGCAUGCACCGAACUUCUGAAGUCUCCCGCGGCCGACAGCGACGUGGGCGUGGGAUGGACCGACACCAACGUUCGCGCCGCCCAGGACUGGGCUAUAAAGGAGUUGUCCGGUUUCCGAGCAGAGCUGAAGCCCCUGUCUGACGCAGCGCAAGUACGAACACGACAGUACCUCGACCGUAUGGGCAUCACUGAUCGGUACCUGGGGUAUCGCAACAACAUGGGCUACUUGGGACGCGCUGAUCAGAAGUCCCGUGUAGAUGAGGCUCUCUACAACGACACGCGUCCGCCAAUGGCCCCAAGGUGGAACCUGGGCAUUGAAGAACGACGGGCCGAGGCGGUUCACACCACCGAUGACAUUGCACCUGAAGAUGAGGAAUGCGAGAGGCUAUUGCGUAUGGCUCGAAACUGCCAGCUGAGACCGAGACAAGUCGACCCGGUCACCGCCGCGGGCAUUCCGCGCGCCUUCCCGGGCAAGUCAGAGUACGAGGAUGCCUACAUCUAUCCGCCGUUGCAUGACAUUCCAACCACCAAAUUCCGCCCGCCUGCCACGCAUCGGUCUGUCUCGGAACAGCCCGCGGGCAUUCGUGGCCGCGGCUCGGAGGUGGAGCUGAGCAAGGAACGGGUACGUAGCAAGGGCUACCGUGUAAAUCCGCAGCCCAACUAUAUUGGCUUUUGGCGGGAGAACCCAGGCCGACCUUUCGAGGAACGAACCACAGAAUCGCAUGAUAGGUACAAGUGGCCCGAUGGUAGCGAAAUUCGUGUAUGUCCAUGGGAGAAUCGAUGAGUAUUUUCGCUUCUCCACUGCGCCAUUUAUUUCAUGCUAUCAUUUGAAGUUGUCCUACUUCAUAACCUCAGUAAAUGGGAUGUCCUUCCUUUUCUGGUUUUCAUCCCUGUGGCUUUAUUAAGGCAAGCGAUUGGUUGGUUAAAGGUCGGCGUUGUGUGCGGGCGCGCCCCUUCUAUUCCUAGGAUGGGGCCUUUAACCGAAAGAUAUUACUGACAAAAAUUAGGGGGGAUUGGGGUAUCCUUUUCCGAAUUAUUUCGCGUCAUUGGCCAGCCAUACCCCCUACCCUUGCCCGAGGAGGCUCGAGAUUUAAAGAGUUGGUCGUCAGCGUCAACUCUCCAACGUUGGAGGAACAAAACCGAAAUUUGUCGGCGACCAACAAAGGUAUUAAAAGCCACGUAAGAGUAGCGGUGGCCGAUCUGGUCUGUUUGUAGGAGGUGGUGCAGGCGUCCUAUUUGGUUUUGGACCUCGACUCCGGCCAACUCUCACCCCGCAAGGCCAGUGACCCACGCCGACUACAGGAUUCUCCGUAUCCCUGUUACUGCCGUACGGACAGCGCGAUUGCCAUGGCCAGAGAUCAGCCGAUAGCCCACAUGAGAAGGGGAUGCGAUCGCUGUAACAAUAAGUUCAGGUACGAUUCUAUUUCGUAGCUUCACCUGUUAGGGGUUUGGAGUUAGGGUUGGGGGUUAAAAGUUUGAGAAUAGGGUUAGGGGGUUGGUGUUAAACCCCCUACUACCACCGGUGCCGUAUGACAGGCGGCUGGGGCUUGUCUACUGCGGGGGCAGCUACGAAAUAAGAUCUGGCCUAAGUUCAUCCACCUGGUCUGUCUGAUUCUCACUCGAACGCAUCAUCAGACAGGGGGUUUAGUGCUUAUAGGAUAUAGUUGCCAUGCAACCGCAUACCAAUCAGCUUCCACAGUAAUCGCCGGCUGUCGGACUUGGUGGGAUGAUUUCUUACUCGUCCGGUGCUCGAGUCAUAGUCCUCCGGUCCGCAAUCUCAUCGAGUUCAAUGGCCUCCCACUCCACAUUUAGCGCUGAGACUGCCUGAGUAGGGUAAUUGGCUACAAUGGAGGUGCGCGCGACAAGCGGCGCUUACAGCGACAGUAGCAAUGAUUCAGAUAGUGGAAUGAGUAUCACGCCAGUUUCUAACACCAGUGGCAAAAUUACGACAGUCAAGGAGUCGGAUGUGGUCGAACAAGUAAUCACCACACACACGCAGCAGUACACGCAUAGGAGCUAACAUCAGCACGAACACAUGCACACACACACUGGGACUGGCAACAGCAGUAGCCCAACACACAUAAGGGCCACUGCCACCAGUUUACCACCCGGCAUCCUUCCAGGACUGCGUGAGCAGCGCCUCGGUGGAACUAGGACCGAUUACGGUAAAGGGAAGACUUUAGUACAGUCAACGCUCUAGCCGCCUGAGCUACGAGACCUGGAAGUAAUCUGGUGGAUUUUGGAUGGAUUACUUGAGAGAUCCUGCUUGGGCAGUCAGCUUGCUGUAUCAAAUUUGGUGGAUUGCAGACGUUACAGUAAAUUGGACGGGGUAACUAGGCCCAACUGUGAUUAAACUCGCAGCUCCCGGUGGGGCAUCGUAGCUCAGGUGGCUAGAGCGUUGGCUGUACUAAAGCCUUCCCCUUGCUAUCGUGGGUUCGAUUCCUGCCGAGGCGCCGAGUUUUUCACAAUUGGGUCAUAGUGAAUUAUUUGAAAUCUUCCAUAACAGUAAUUAUCACACCAAGUGCGACCUUCGGAGAUGAUUUUGGGAACUGCUAACCACCAGUAGGUGUGUGGCAACAUAAAAACUGCACAACUAACUGCCGCAACCUUUGUGAAUCCAUCACCCUUAUUAUUCUGAAGGUUUCUAGAUUGAUUACAUAGGAAAUCCUUCUUGGGCAGUCAGCCUACUGUAUCAGAUUUGGUGGAUUCCAUGCGUUGCAGUAUCCUCGACAGACUAUCUGGCCCAAGUAUAGUUAAACACACGCCUCCUAGUGGGACCUCGUAGCCCAGGUGAUUAGAGCGUCGGCUGUACUCAGGUCUUGCCCUUGCUGUCGUGGAUUCGAAUUCCACUGAAGUCGCCGAAUUUUUCACAAUUCGAUCAAAUGCAUGAAUCAUGUGUCUAUUUCUAACCUUGCUAUGCAGUUGUUUUGGCCAAAUGGAAGACCUUCGUAAGCCUAUAAAUCUUCAGUCUGAAUAAGCUACUCCAAGUUCAGCUUAAAAGGCUGAAAUUUCAAAACCCGCGGGGAAUGCUGUGGGACACAUUGAUGAGCCGAGCCCCUCGAAGCUGUGUCAUGCAGCAGCAACUAGCUACCACUUGUGUUGCCGGAAUGAUAAAUCAUGUGACCUGUGAGGUAUCGCGUCAUGAUUUAGUUUGCGAGGAUGGAUUUCCCCAUACCAUACUUACUCACCAACGGACCCUCGCAUUUGGGUUUCACGCUAAAUUUUAUGGAUUGGCACAAACGAGCCGACAUUCAGUGGAGUGCAGGUGCAAUAACGGCCUCGCCCUGAUACCCUUUCUUUUCUGUUUGCGGCUACCGAAUGCCAGCCCCACUUCUGACUCAUCCUCACAGACUCCCUCAUGGACUAGGUGCAGUCUCUAGAGCAUAUAUUUUUGGGAAUAGAACUCGCAGGCACCUGUUGUGCGCUCCCAACCGUCUUUCACUUUCUCCUUACUUUCAUCUGCAUUCAGUUGCCACUUUUUGAAACUGCCGACUUGCGGACUUUUCACCAUGUUACUGAUCUUAUUCGUUGAACAUAAAAAUUGGCCGGUCUUUACUCAAGGUACCUUAUGAGGUAUCCUUAUGCGCUGCAGUCUGUCGGUUUGGUCGGAUCCUAUUUUGUAGCCGUGCUCGCAGUAGACAAGCCCCACCCUAACGCCGACCCAAAACUCCUAACCUUUGCCCUUAAGAGGUACGGCUACGAAAUAAGAUCUAGCCAUCGAUUUUAAUCCAAUAGUUUGGCCCUUCCAUUCAAUGCUGGCCUCUAAACAGCACGUUGGCUGCCCUUCCUCCGCAGGGCACUACUUGGCUGCACCACCCAGUCAACCGAGAACUUUUUAUGAUCUCCGCCUGUCCAUCCGGCCGCCUGUGGGCUCUCUGUCGCCGGUUUGGCCGUCUCUGGGUUACCACCCAACCCGUUGCCAUGGUGACGACUGCCGAUGCCGCUGCCACCCGCAAACUGACCUGGAUAAGCAUGGGUCUGUCACCUCAGGGUCUGGCCUGGUCUCUGGCCUCUGUCGGCCGACUGGCCGGCUCCGCCGAGGGACUCGGUCCCCGCGCCUCGUGUGUCGUAUGGUGCACUGAUGCUAGUGGCCAGCUCUGGAUGUCCACGGCACCAGAGUUUCCCGACGAGGGUCUGCCUACCUGCCCCCAGGACGGCACUGCGCCUAUCAAGUGGUUCCUCGUCUGUGCGCCUCUGAUUUCUCACCUCUCCUGUGGCCCCGACGGUCAGGUACUACUACUACUACUACUACUACUACUACUACUACUACUACUACUACUACUACUACUACUACUACUACUACUACUACUACUACUACUACUACUUCUACUACUACUACUACUACUACUACUACUACUACUACUAAUACUACUAGUUUUUUUAGUCAUUCUUUGUCGUCGCACACUGUCUGUGGGGGUAGUGUGCAAAAAAACGAUUACAGCAUUUAGCAUGAUCUCGCACUCCCCUGCUUUCAGGUAUGGGCCGUCUUCUUUGAGAAGCACUGCCUUGCCGUUCGUGUUGGCAUCAGCCCGACCUGUCCACAGGGCACGGGCUGGCGAACAAGCCUGCAGGGCAUUGUGUGCUCUGCGAGCAUUCGCGGUGCGGCAAGCCCAUAA